AUGUUCGGUUCAUACCCAACAUCAAGAGAGUCAAGCAUAACGGCUGGGCCUAGAGGCGAAGUCCGAGAGCGAUGUGUUCAACUAGCUACUGGCCGCCUCCUAUUGAAUGAAUUAUGGCGUGAGAGAUGGGAUCGUCUUCACUUGCUUCUUGAGGUGCGCCAGUUCUCAAGAGAUGCCUCUGCCUGUUUUGACUGGCUUCGUAGCAGAGAAGCUCAACUAGCGGCCCAACGUCGCCAACUAGGAGAUUCUUUGGCUGAAACUUUGCGACUGCUCGGCGCUCACGAGGCUUUCGAGCGCACACUGGCUGGUGCAGAGGAUAGGUUUAAUGUACUGAGGCGGUUGACAACGUUGGAAUUGCGUGCGAUGGAAUGGAAGCCUGAGAUUUCGACGCAAAUACAGCAGGAGAAGAGAGCCAAAGUCCGCAAUGCAGUUCAAGAAUUCCUGCCCCCUAUGCCCAGACCACAAAUCCGCUCAGACAGUCAUCUUGUCCGAGGCGGUGGUAGGCUUACUCAUAUACCACCCGGGGGCGUGCGUAUUUUAAUGACAUCCGGGCAACAGACACAGCAGAGGCAGCCAGAGACCACUGCUCCUUCUGCCAUUCAAAUUGUGGCUUCAAGAAAAAUGGACAGAGCAGCACAGAAGAUUCCUCGUGCAACAAUUGAUGCAGCUUCCGCUGUUAGGGGUUCACCAUGGCGGCAAGGUCGAGUUUGA